CAGGAUCAGGGUCUUUUUUUUUUUUUCUUUUUUUUUUACCCAUGUGUCUCUUUCCACCUUUACAUAAAGCUACCUGAAACACACACACCCUCACACACACACAUCACAUAAUGAUGGUGAUGGACACGUUCCUGAGAGGCAUCCUGUCCAACGAGAAAAUGGCAGGUGUGUUUUCUUAUGAGAGUUCUGAAGUGGACUGGUGUGAGGACAACUACAAGCACUCGGAGAAUGUUGUCGAGUACUUCAACACGAUGAGCAGCUUCAUCUUCUUCGUGGUGGCUCCUAUAAUGCUCUACCUGCUGCACCCGUAUGCUAAGGAGAGGAACCUGGCCGUGCACCUGGUGUGGCUCAUGAUGAUCUUCGUGGGUCUGUUCUCCAUGUACUUCCACAUGACACUCAGCUUCAUGGGGCAGAUGCUGGACGAGCUCUCCAUCCUCUGGGUUUUGGCCAUCGGUUACUCUCUCUGGUUUCCACGCAAACAUUUUCCUCAGUUUGUUAAAGACAGGACCUCGUUCUCUCGCAUGGUCAUGGUGAGCACCGUCAUUACCACGCUGUUGUCGUUUGUCAAGCCCACUGCCAACGCCUACGCCCUCAACUUCUUCGCCCUGCACAUCCUCUACUCUGUGUGUGUGGAGCUGAAGAGCUGUACAGACCAGCGAGUGCUGCGUUUGGCACGCGCCUCCAUCGGCCUGUGGGUGCUCGCCAUCUCCUGCUGGAUCAGCGACCGCUUCGGCUGCAGCUUCUGGCAAAAACUCAACUUCUGCUACCUGCACGGCAUCUGGCACAUCCUGAUCGUGGUUGCUACGGCGUACGGCAGCACGCUAAUCGCCUACCUCGACGCCAACCUGGAGAUCCCCUACUCUUACCCCGACCUGCAGUACUGGCCUCGCGAUAACUGGGCUCUCGGGCUGCCCUACAUCGUCCUCAAGGCCACACCCAAGACGCGGAAAAGUUGCUAGCUGAGAGACGUGAAUAAGAAGAGAAGGACAGUGAUGGUUUGUGGAGAAUGAAGGUGGUUUUUUUUUUUUUUUUUUUUGGCUGCCUCACUGAAACACUAUACAUCCUGCAGGACUUGAUGUUCAUGAUAUUCUCAGUGUACCAACACAGUCAGGGCUCGUACGUGUGUGUGGAUAUGUGUGUGUGUGUGUGUGUGUGUGUGUGUGUGUGUGUGUGUGUGUUACAUGCUAAAUGUAUCGUGUAUUUUAAUACAUGUGCUUCGGAAGCAUCUUCCUCGAGAAGAUGAGAUGACGUUUACUCAAACACAGCCAGAGCGUGAUGCGGAUUGAAAUGAAUUUUCAGACCCUGUGUUUUUGCACUAAGGGUUUGUCAAGAUUUAAUAUUUACAUUGAUGUUCUGCUGAUGAUAUCCAGUAUAUGAACUGCUUUGAUGGCUGUUUUCAAGACAAUGUUUAAAUUACGUACAUAUAUACACUUAACUGGUGUCAAAUGUGAUGCUCCAUGUGACAAAUUUACUCAGGAUCCAACUUCACUGUGUCUAUACCAAGUUUAUAUACAUGUAUAUGUGUAAAAGAAAAUAAUAAUUAAAAAAAAAUGCCAUUCCGGACAAAAGUC